AUGACAGAAGACUGCAUCAAGUACGCUCAAGGAUGUGAAGCCUGUCAGCGACAUGGUUCUUUGAUCCGAAUUCCGGCGGAAGAAAUGCACGCAGUGGUGAAGCUAUGGCCAUUCCGGGGAUGGGCGAUGGAUAUCGUCGGGAAAAUCCAUCCGCCAUCUUCCAGACGCCACUCGUUCAUAUUGGUGGCCACAGAUUAUUUCACAAAGUGGAUAGAAGCUGUGCCGUUGGCCAAUGUGAUAUAUCAGGAAGUGAUCAAGUUCGUUAAGGAACACAUUAUUCACCGAUAUGGAAUCCUGCAGACGAUUACCGCCGAUAAAGACACUGUUUUUACCAGCGAUAGAGUGGCCGUCUUCACCGCACAGUACGGGAUUGCUCUUUUGCAUUCGUCCCCGUACUAUGCGCAAGCAAAUGGGCAGGCCGAAGCAGCCAACAAAGUCUUAAUUGGGGUAAUCAAAAAGGCCGUGGAAGAUAACCCGAGAAGAUGGCACGAAGUGUUAGGGGAGGCUUUAUGGGCUUGCAGACAAUACUGA